AUGUCCAAAUCGCGUCGGAACGUCAGGUUCCCCCGUCGGAUGUCCAACUCGUCUGAAGGUCGGCGCAUGAGCAUCUCCGAUGCCAGCGACAUUCUCUCCGAUCCCGGCAGUCCGGCCAAAGAUGGCAGCGUCACGACGCCUGCCACGAUCCCCGAGGAGAAAUCUGAGAAGCCCCAGCUGUCAGACUACGAGAAGAAGAAGCAGACCUUCAUCACGCGCACGAUAUGGACUUUUGUGAUGAUCUUCGGGUUCUUCAUCGCCAUGUUUUCCGGCCACAUCUACAUCAUCGGCAUUGUCACCGCCAUCCAGAUUGUCUCGUUCAAGGAAGUUAUCGCCAUUGCCAACGUGCCCAGUAAGGAGAAAAAUCUUCGCUUCACCAAGUCGCUGAAUUGGUACUUCCUCGCUACGACCAUGUACUUUUUAUACGGAGAGAGCGUUAUCUACUACUUCAAGCACAUUCUCCUGGUGGACAAGGUGCUGUUGCCUCUAGCGACUCACCAUCGGUUUAUCAGCUUUACGCUCUAUGUCAUGGGCUUCGUUUUCUUCGUCGCGUCUCUGCAGAAAGGACAGUACCGGUUCCAGUUCACUCAGUUCGCGUGGACGCAUAUGGCGCUCUAUUUGAUCGUCGUUCAGGCGCACUUUGUCAUGAACAACAUUCUGGAGGGCAUGAUCUGGUUCUUCCUUCCCGCCUCUCUCGUGAUCACGAACGACAUCUUUGCCUACGUCUGCGGUAUCACCUUUGGUCGGACUCAGCUAAUCCAGCUGUCGCCCAAGAAGACGGUCGAGGGGUUCCUUGGCGCUUGGAUCUGCACUAUCAUCUUCGGGUAUUUCAUGACCAACAUUCUGAUGCGCUACAAGUACUUUAUCUGCCCUGUUAAUGAUCUGGGAGCGAACGUGUUGACGGGGCUGCAAUGCUCGCCCAACCCAUCCUUCGUGCCCCAGCCCUACCAUAUCCCGGCGUGGACCGGCAUGGACAAGACCUUCUAUAUCGAGCCCAUGCAGUUCCACAUCCUGGUUUUCGCGACCUUUGCCUCCCUCAUCGCGCCAUUCGGCGGCUUCUUCGCCUCCGGGCUCAAGCGCACCUUCAAGAUCAAGGACUUUGGCGAGUCGAUCCCGGGUCACGGUGGUAUCACCGACCGCAUGGACUGCCAGUUCAUCAUGGGCUUCUUCGCCUACAUGUACUACCACAGCUUCAUCGCCGUGUUCAAGGCGAGCGUCGGAGAUGUCAUUGAGGCCGCCAUCAACGGUCUGACGGUUGACGAGCAGCUCGAGGUGGUGCGGGGUCUGAGCAAGUACCUCUACAACCAGGGUACUGUCUCUGAAACGAUCUUGGAUUGCUUGAACACCGAGCUCCGCCGGUAA